GAGGCGCGGGGCGGGGGGCAGCGGCCGGCGGGGCCGGGCCGGGCCGGGUGCGGGCAUGGCCGAGCGGGCUCCGGGCUGCGCUGGCCCCUACGACACGGCCACGCUGCUCCAGUUCUGCAACGAUGAUAACCUGUCAGGCACCAGCGGGAUGGAGGUGGACGACCGCAUCUCGUACCUGGAGCAGCGGCUGCAGCUGCAGGAAGACGAGAUCCAGGUGCUGAAGGCGGCGCUGGCCGACGUGUUGCGGCGCUUGAAUGCCUGUGAAGAGACCGGACUCAGCCUGCAGAGGAAGGGGCCCACAAAAGUGUGCCAGCUGCUCAAGGGGCUGCCCUCCAAGCCCACCCUCAGCAACGGGAUCCUGCCGCAGAAGAGAUCCGGGGGCUACUCCACCUCCCCGUCGUCCCCCAAGAGAGAGCCGGCCCACGGUGCUGCGAGGAGCGGGCACAGGUGCCCCUCCCUGGAGCGGCCGGCCGCGCUCAGACGCGACUGUUUCAGAGAGCAGAGGAGCCGCACCACCUCGUCCAGCAGCUCCUGCAGUGGGCAGCGCGAAGGGUACGUGUCUCAGACCCCACCCUUCCUCCUGCACCCCUGCCCCCGGCUGCACCCCCCUCCACCAGGCUCCUACCCGUGCUCUGAGCCCUGCGUCCUCCUUGCUAUUGGCGGCAGUGCCGGCUGGGCUUCCUCCUGGCCGCGCUAG